AUGGUUAUGAAAAUUACAGGUUCGAUGGCCGAUGUGCCCAAGGACCUUCUCCAGGAGGUGAAGAAGUUGGAGCAGCAAUUCACUGUUCCCACUGAGAAGCUCAAGGCCAUCAGCAAGCACUUCAUCUCUGAGCUUGACAAGGGUCUGAGUGUUGAGGGCGGUAGCAUCCCCAUGAACCCGACCUGGGUCAUGUCUUUCCCCGAUGGCUACGAGACUGGAACCUUCCUCGCAUUGGAUAUGGGAGGCACUAACCUCCGUGUCUGCGAGAUCACCCUGACGGACCAGAAGUCUGAGUUCGACAUCAUUCAGUCCAAGUACCGCAUGCCCGAGGAGCUUAAGACUGGACAGUCCGAUGAGCUCUGGGAAUACAUCGCCGACUGCUUGGCUCAGUUCAUCGAGACUCACCACCCCGACCACCCCAAGUCCGAGAAGAUUCCCCUCGGUUUCACCUUCUCCUACCCUGCUACUCAGAACUACAUCGAUGAGGGUAUUCUGCAGCGAUGGACCAAGGGCUUCGACAUCUCUGGAGUCGAGGGCCACAACGUCGUCCCCUUCCUCGAGACUGCCCUGGACAAGAGAGGCGUCCCCAUCAAGCUGACGGCUUUGAUCAACGACACCACCGGAACUCUGAUCGCCUCGGCUUACACUGAUACCAAGAUGAAGAUCGGCUGCAUCUUCGGCACCGGCUGCAACGCUGCCUACAUGGAGAACUGCGGCUCCAUUCCCAAGCUCGCCCACAUGAACUUGCCUCCCGACACUCCUAUGGCCAUCAACUGCGAGUGGGGUGCCUUCGACAACGAGCACAAGGUUCUCCCCCGCACUCCCUACGAUAUCAUCAUCGACAAGGACUCCCCUCGCCCCGGUCAGCAGGCCUUUGAGAAGAUGAUUGCCGGCCUCUACCUCGGCGAGAUCUUCCGUCUCGUCCUGGUUGACCUCCACGACAACAAGAAUGUCCACAUCUUCGAGGGUCAGGACAUCGCUUUGUUGCGCAAGGCGUACACGCUCGACUCGUCCUUCUUGUCCGCGGUUGAGGACGACCCCUUCGAGAACUUGCAGGAGACCUACGAUCUGUUCAUCGCCAAGCUCAACCUCAAGCCCACUCGCCCCGAGUUGGAGCUCAUCCGUCGCCUGGCUGAGCUUAUCGGCACUCGUGCUGCGCGUCUCUCCGCAUGCGGUGUCGCCGCCAUUUGCAUGAAGAAGGGCUACGAGAGCUGCCACGUCGGUGCCGACGGCUCCGUGUUUAACAAGUACCCCCACUUCAAGGCUCGUGGUGCUCAGGCCCUUCGCGAGAUUCUUGACUGGCCCGCUAAGAAGAACGCCAAGGAGGAGGACCCCAUUGAGAUCCUCGCCGCUGAGGAUGGUAGCGGUGUUGGUGCCGCUCUUAUUGCCGCUUUGACUCUGAAGCGAGUCCAGGAGGGCAACAUGGCUGGUAUCCUGCAUCCCGAGAACUUCAAAUAA